CUAAGGUACGGUACGCUGGUACCGUACCGUAAUGAUUCAGCCUUCUGACGUACCCGCCACAGACACAGCCACGGAGCAACAUCGUCACCAUCUGGGCAUCCAUCCCAUCCCAUAUUCGUUACAUUCUCACUACUCUUUCACCUAUCUCCAACCCUAUACACUUCCUGUAUACAUCUACUGUAUACCUUACCCCUUUUACCUAUCUUGUUAAUUCUUUUUUGCCUCCACCCCACUCACAGCCCCCGUUCCCAUCAUGUCGUGGGCAGGUAAAAGCCACCCCCGAUUUCCCAAGCCAUCGAAUGUUCAAUCCGAC